AUGAGCGGCGAAAUCAGAACUAUCGCUCGUGCCCUUCGCUCUGCGAGCCAUAACACCCUUCCCAACGGUGAUCUUGCUUUCCUAGAGCUUCAAGGCCGUCGUCUCGUCGAGAAGAUCUAUGAUGGCGAGGAGCUCAAGGACCAGCGAAUGGUUGCCACUGGAUUAAGGGAGGGCUCAACUGCGGCUUACGCCGUAGCCAAAGACAGGGUCUUUGCUGUAUACAUCAGUGAUGAUGGCCUUAUCAGGGUCAGUGAGUUUGAUGAGGAUUCUGAGGAGUGGGAUGAUGCCGAGGUCGAUGGCCUCGGUGAUAUCUCCGUCCAUGAUCAAAGCCACAUCACUGUCGCAGGUCUCCCUAGCAUGAACUUGGUCCUGUAUCAGGCACCUGAUGGUACUAUCAAGACCAUCAUGCACGAUAAGGAUUCCGAUAGAUGGACUGAGGAAUUCAACAUCCCUGGGUCCGCGGCAACUGGAACUCCUAUUGCCGGGUUUUCGACUGACGAGGCUCUCAUUGUGAGCUUCUUUGGACAAGACAACGAGAUCCAUGCUCAUACCCGGGACUUCGAGAGCGGCGAUUGGACUGACAAGACUAUCCCUGACUCCUCCUUUGACGAUACCGUCGACAGCCUCAUCGUCGCCCAAGACAAAGACAGCGGCAACUUUGAGGCCUAUGUCUUGUCCAACAACACGGUCUACAACAUCACCAAGACCGGCUCUCGUGAAACCGUCGGUUCUUUCAGCCGGGAUGGAGAUUUUGUGCCCUCCACCAAAGCAGAGUCUGGUGGCUGUUACAGCAACAACUGGGGGGCUGUAGCUGCGGCUGCGGACGUGGCUACCUCUGCGGUUGCUACAGUUGCGGCUGCGGAUGCCCUCGCCCACGUCGUUGCCCGCCUUGUUGGUGAUGUUAGUUGGGAAGACCGAUAUGGGUGCUUCGCGUUGGGAAGCGCCCUUCUUUCUUCUCAGGAGUAUGACAUUUGA